AAAGCAAAGAACAAGAGUCAAGACAGGCCCAAAGCAUGCCUGUCUCUUUGAUCACUUCGUUGUAGAGAGAGAAAGAUGAGAGAGAAUGUUUUCAAAGGUAAAGAUAUGUAAUAUUCAGACCCACACUCAAUAAAAAUCAAAAAGCAUCCUUAGACAUACCUAGUGGUAAAGUAAGCAACACAACCCAUAAACCAUCUCUCUCUCUCUCGCUUUAGUUUAUAUCGGUAUAUUCACAUUUCACAUCUGUGUGUGUGUGUGUGUGUGUGUGUGUGUGUAUAGACACUCAUCAUUCCACUCUGUAAAAUCCCCCGAUCGCUGGUUCCCUUGAUGCUUGACAUUUGGAGCUCCAUUCAAUCAUUUUCAAGGCUCGUAGACCCAUAAAGAGAUAAAGAGAUGGGAUUGCAUAGAAUUCUCGGAUUACCCAGUUGUUGGUGAGUCUUUGUUGUUUUUUGGGCUUUAACAAAUUCUCAGAGAUGGGUAUUUAAAGACCACCGUUUAGUUCUUGUUUGUGAUCUGUGGAGUUAUAUAAUCGAAGGGUUUUGCCUAGCUCUGAAUUUGUAGUUUGAAUUAUUUUUGAGUACUUUUUGUGCUUUUCUAUAAGAUAUAUUCCUUUCUGAUAGAAUGUAACAGAAAUUUUUCUUUGAAGCUGUGCUCUCUUGUCUUUCUGUAAACUAAAGAAACCUUUUUUCAGCCAUUUCAGAGUAAUUUUGAUUUAGGGUUUUCAAUUGGGGAGAGAUGACGCUAGAGUAAACUAAUCCUUUUCUACAUUUUGUGUUUCAUGUGAUCCGGUAGAUAUUUUCAUUUUAGGUUUUGAAUUUCAAAUUUGAAAAUUGUGCUUUUGUGCGUUUAUCACUUCUGUGAAAAAACUAAGAGUACAGUGGAGAAGUGGAAGGCUUUUGGUAUCACUAUUACAACUUGAUUUCUUGAACUUAAUGCCAUUUUCAAGAGUUGUACAUGUUACAAGGAGAAUCUAAUUGCUUCUUGUCGUUCUUUUUUGGGUCCACAAGCUUGUUUUCAUUGUAAAUGCCAUACCUUGACUAAAUUGUGCUGUUUAUACUUAUUGAAAUGGCUGAAAUUAGACUUACUAGAUUAGAGCAGGGUCAAACCAAGAUUAGAAAUGUUCCAAUUGCUGUGACCCCAGAAGGAUUUUGGUGCUGUCCCUCUCCUGUUGUGUUCCAAAAGACCCUCAAGACACAAAAUCCUCUAAACAAACCCAAACCGUCCCCUCCAACAACCAAGAACUCUAGCCAGAAGAAACAAACUCCACUAACUGAGAAAAAGCCAACCCCUACUCCGUCAAGAUCCGGAAUUGUUUCCGAGGAUCAAAGAAAUUUCAGUUCGGAUACACCUGUUCUUAGUGCAUCAGUGAUUACUGAGAGAACACCACGGCCUAAGAUUGAAAAUUUGCCAAGGAAGGUGUCAAUUGAGUUUGGUGAACCUGGAACCAGUGAUUUGAAGGUACUUUUACUUGGAAGACAUGGGUUUGCUGUGAAGUUGAGCGUUCACAAGAGUGUUCUUGCGGAAAAUAGCAGUUUUUUUUCUGACAAAUUGUCUGAACAGCACCCUGGUUUGCCCUGUCUUGAAAUUGAUGAUUGUGAGGAUGUUGAAAUAUAUGCUGAAACUGUGGGGCUGAUGUACUGCAAAGAAUUGAAGCAGCGCUUGAUUAAGCAAAGUGUUUCUCGUGUACUGCGCAUCCUCAAGGUUGCAGAACAAUUUGGCUUCAGUUCAUGCAUACAGUCAUGUUUAGAAUACUUGGAAGCGGUCCCUUGGGUUGGGGAAGAAGAAGAAGAGAAAGUGGUUUCUUCUGUCCUCCGCCUCCAGGGCGAAGGUAUUGGAGUUACCCCAGUACUGAAACGAGUGUCUUCCGACACUUCGAACCACCCCCCUAAAGACACACUUUCUCACAUUAUGGAAUUGGUGCUCAAGAGCAAUGAGGAGAGAGGCCGGCGCGAGAUGAAAUCCGUUGUACUGAAGCUCCUUAGGGAGAAUAACUGUCUUCCAAGCUGUUCAAGCUCAGCUGACAUCUGCAAUGAAACAAUUUAUGGCUCCUGCAGAAGCUGCUUGAAUUCACUGUUGUCUCUUUUCAGGCAAGCAGCUGAACCAGAGUUCACAGACAAACCCUUGAAUAGCAAAGAACCUGUGGUAAAGCAGAUGGCUCUAGAGGCCGAAAACCUCUUAUGGUUGCUUGACAUUUUAGCUGACAGGCAAGCAGCAGACGAGUUUGCAUUAAUGUGGGCUAGCCAGCAAGAGUUGGCGACCCUUCACACAAAGCUACCUAUUGUGUCUCGCCACCAUGUUAGCUGCAUUACAGCAAGGCUGUUUGUUGGAAUAGGAAGAGGGGAGCUGCUACCGUCGAAGGACACCCGUCAUUUGUUGUUACAAACCUGGUUACAGCCAUUGACCAAUGAUUACAGCUGGUUACAACAUGGCUGCAGGUCCUUUGAUCGGAAGGUUGUGGAGGAAGGAAUUGGAAGAACAAUCCUCACGCUGCCUCUUGAGGAACAGCAGAGUAUUUUGCUUGGUUGGUUGGGCAAUUUUUUGAAGGCCGGUGAUAAUUGCCCAAAUCUACAGAGAGCCUUUGAGGUCUGGUGGCGGAGAACUUUCAUUAGACCUUAUGUGGAACAAGGAAAUCUACUCCACUCUGACUCAAUGACAUCAAGGUAGUAGAGGCUAAAAGAAUUACUAAUAUCACGAUGAUAUUUGUAAAUUGGAUUGGACCAUCCUCCAGUAUUUGAAGUGCACCCUAGAACGCAGAUGAUAAAUGCUGGUUGUAGUAACUGUCUUCUAGCAGGACUUAUGCUGGCAUAUCUGUGACAAAAUUCGGUCAAUUUCUUCACAUGAAAUUAUUUGUUAUGAAUGUAAUAUGGCAUAUAUGAAACUUCUUUUGGUUUGAUGAUUGUGGUUGAUUGCUUGAUGUAGUAAAAGUUCUUGAAAGGAAUGUAAUAUGGAUUGUUGCUUUAUGUGAAAAUUAACUUCAGUUGGUCUUUUGUUCUCCAACAA